GGAGCGUGGCUACGUAGCUUCCGGUGCCUGGCUCCGUUUCCUGCUUUUGGUUCUCACAGUAGACGGCGUAGGCCUUAGGUGGGUUCGUGCGCCUUCUACCUCGCUGUUUCGGUUUUCCUGGCUCCUCGGCCCUUUUCUCCCCGUUGCAGCUGGGAGCGGACGAAGCGCGAAGCUGGGAUUUUUUACUGUUUCCUGAAGAAUUUAACACAAACAUGGAUAUCAGACCAAAUCAUACAAUUUAUAUCAACAAUAUGAAUGACAAAAUUAAAAAGGAAGAAUUGAAGAGAUCCCUAUAUGCCCUGUUUUCUCAGUUUGGUCAUGUGGUGGACAUUGUGGCUUUAAAGACCAUGAAGAUGAGGGGGCAGGCCUUUGUCAUAUUUAAGGAACUGGGCUCAUCCACGAAUGCUUUGAGACAGCUGCAAGGAUUUCCAUUUUAUGGUAAACCAAUGCGAAUACAGUAUGCAAAAACAGAUUCGGAUAUAAUAUCAAAAAUGCGUGGAACUUUUGCUGACAAAGAAAAGAAAAAGGAAAAGAAAAAAGCCAAAACUGUGGAACAGACUGCAACAACCACAAGCAAAAAGCCUGGCCAGGGAACUCCAAAUUCAGCUAAUACCCAAGGAAAUUCAACACCAAAUCCUCAGGUCCCUGAUUACCCUCCAAACUAUAUUUUAUUCCUUAAUAACUUACCAGAAGAGACUAAUGAGAUGAUGUUAUCCAUGCUGUUUAAUCAGUUCCCUGGCUUCAAGGAAGUACGUCUGGUACCAGGGAGGCAUGACAUUGCUUUUGUUGAAUUUGAAAAUGAUGGGCAGGCUGGAGCUGCCAGGGAUGCUUUACAGGGAUUUAAGAUCACACCGUCCCAUGCUAUGAAGAUCACCUAUGCCAAGAAAUAACAUUUGGGAUAGUCGUCUUUAAAGAACUUGGUGUUAUUUAUAGCGUUUGUUUUGAUAACAUUUGGCUGGGUCAUUUUAAUAGUUAGAGAUUAGGGGGAGUAAAAGUGAAAUAUUUGUGAAGGACUUAAAUUAUCCAGUGUUUCUUUAGCCUUGGUGAACUGUGAAAUACGAAGGCCUUAAUUUUGUACAAUAAAAUUUUAUUUGUAUUCUGUGUAUAUAA